GUUGUAAAGAACAAGAAGUAGUUGGAGUAGUUUGAAGACUUAAAAAACAGAGAAAGAGAGAGAGAGAGGAGGAAGAGAGAGGUUUAUGGAACGGAAAGCUAAAACUAAUUGUAACAGAACAAGCGCGAGAGCAAAAAGAGAAAGAGAGGGUGAGUAAAGAGAAAAGUUAGUAACAGAGCGUGACAGCAAAGAGAAAAAGGGCGAGAAAAAGUGAGAGAAAGAGAGGAAUAGACAGAAAGGAGAAAAAAGAGGAGUGUCUGAGGAGUGGUCCCUCCCCACUCUGUGUGUGUUUAUCCUGUGUGUGUGUGUGUGUGUCUCUUUGUGUGUGUGUGUGUGUGUGUGUGAGAAAGUGAAUGACUCUGAACGCCAAAACCCCCUCUCAGCACUACAGAGUGAGAGCAGACGGCAGACAGACCAGAGAGAGAGAGACAGAAAGGUAAAAGGAAGAAAGAGAGAGAGAGAAUGAGCGAGUGAGACACACUAAAAGUUAGAGAGAGAGAGAGAGAGAGAGAGAGAGAGGAAGAGAGAAAGAGGCAGAAACAGAAAGGAAAACAUGAAGUCAGUGUUGAGGGUCUGGCUGGAGUAAAACAUCCCAGGAUUUAACUCACACACCCACACACACGCUGGGCGGACGGACAGACGGAAGAACGGAGGAGUGGAUGGAGAGAAGUUACCAGCACAACUCUGAGGGUUGUGAAAUCCCGGGAGGCGGGGCUUAGUGAGCUGCAUAAUCACCCUGAGAACGUCUGAGUUAAAGGUGAAUGAUGGUCAGAUGAGAGGUCAGAGGUCAAAUCUGCAGCCAUGUCGUUCUUUGGCCUUGACUGUGUGAAGAAGAAAGAGAAAGAGACGGAGAGGAAGAUCCGGGCCAACGACCGGGAAUACAACCACUCCUUCAGAUACGCGACCAACGCCAUCAAAACCUCCAAAUACAAUCUGCUGACCUUCCUGCCCCUCAACCUGUUCGAACAGUUCCAGAGGAUCGCAAACGCCUACUUCCUCUGCCUCCUCGUCCUGCAGGUGAUUCCUGCUAUCUCCUCUCUGUCCUGGUUCACGACUGUGGUGCCGCUGACGCUGGUGCUCACAGUCACUGCAGUGAAGGAUGCUAUUGAUGAUAUCAAUCGACACAGAAGUGAUCGAAAGGUCAACAACCGCAAGGCCCAGGUGCUGAUUGACGGAGAGCUCAGAAGUGAGAGAUGGAUGAAUGUACAGGUUGGAGAUAUUAUCCGUCUGGAGAACAACCAGUUUGUCACAGCAGAUUUGCUGUUGUUGUCGAGCAGUGAGCCUCUAAACCUGGUGUACAUCGAAACCGCUGAGCUGGAUGGGGAGACUAAUCUGAAGGUGAAGCAGGCUCUGACAGUAACAGGAGAGAUGGGAGGGAGCGUUGAGUCUCUGGCUGCUUUUAAAGGGGAGGUGUGUUGUGAAGCUCCUAAUAACAGAUUGGACAGGUUUAUGGGGACUCUGGUGUGGAAGGAGCAGAAGUAUCCUCUGGAUAAUCAGUCUGUGCUGCUGAGGGGCUGCACUCUCAGAAACACUGACUGGUGCUUCGGCCUGGUGCUGUUCGCCGGCCCCGAGACCAAGCUGAUGCAGAACUGUGGGAAAUCGAGUUUUAAGAGGACGAGCAUCGACCGUCUGAUGAACAUCCUCGUACUGUUUAUCUUUGGGUUCCUGGUUCUGAUGUGUAUUAUUCUGGCUGUGGGACAUGGAAUCUGGGAGAACUAUGAAGGGUCUAAGGCGAUGGGUUUUGUUCCGAGGACGGAGGACGUGGGCCCGGCCUUCUCAGCCUUCCUCACCUUCUGGUCCUACAUCAUCAUCCUCAACACGGUGGUGCCCAUCUCCCUCUACGUCAGUAUGGAGGUGAUCCGGUUGGGGAACAGUUACUACAUUAACUGGGACCGGCUGAUGUAUUACGGGCGCAGCGACACGCCAGCCGAGGCUCGAACCACCACCCUGAAUGAGGAGCUGGGUCAGAUCAGAUACGUGUUCUCAGAUAAAACCGGAACCCUCACCCAGAACAUCAUGACCUUCAACAAGUGCUCUAUCAACGGCAAAACCUACGGAGACGUGUAUGAUCACUACACAGACCAGAGGCUGGAGAUCACUGAGGACAUGAUCCCGGUGGACUUCUCCUUUAACUCUCUUGCUGAUCCGAAGUUCCAGUUCUACGACAGCAGCCUGCUGGAGGCGGUGAAGCUGGAAACGGUGGAGGUGCAGAGCUUCUUCAGACUGCUGGCUCUCUGCCACACCGUCAUGCCCGAGGAGAAAAACAAGGAUCUGGUGUAUCAGGCUCAGUCUCCAGACGAGGGCGCUCUGGUGACGGCGGCGCGGAACUUCGGCUUUGUAUUUCGCUCUCGGACUCCAGAGAGUCUCACAAUCGUGGAGAUGGGCGUCCAGCGAACCUUCGACCUGCUGGCCAUCCUCGACUUCAACAACGUACGCAAGAGGAUGUCUGUUAUCGUGCGUUCUCCUGAAGGAAGAUUAUCACUGUACUGUAAAGGAGCCGACACCAUCAUCUACCAGAGACUCCAUCACUCCUGCAGCAAACUGAUGGAGGAAACCACAGAGCACCUGAACGAGUUUGCUGGGGAAGGAUUAAGGACUCUGGUUUUAGCCUAUAAGGAUCUGGAUGAGGCGUAUUUCUCAGAAUGGCAGCAGCGCCACCUAGAGGCCAACACUGCCCUGGAGGAACGAGAGGAAAAACUCAACCUGCUGUACGAGGAGAUAGAGAGAGACCUGCUGCUGAUUGGAGCUACAGCUAUCGAGGAUAAGCUGCAGGACGGCGUGUCCCAGACCAUCGAGCAGCUGGCCAAAGCCGACAUCAAGAUCUGGGUGCUGACAGGAGAUAAGCAAGAGACGGCAGAGAACAUCGGGUACGCCUGUAAUCUGCUGAGGGAGGAGAUGAGUGAUGUUUUUAUUGUUGCUGCUCACUCACCUGAGACCGUCCGACAGGAGCUCAGAGACGCUCGGGCUAAGAUGCGUCUGGGUUCAGGAGAGGAUGCCUUCUUCAUCCCAGAGAGCAUUCUGGGUAAUGACCCGAAGGUGGUGCAGGAUGAGAGUGUGAACGGGGAUUACGGACUCGUCAUCAGCGGACACAGCCUGGCGUUUGCUCUGGAGGGCAGUAUGGAGCUGGAGCUGCUGAGGACGGCGUGUAUGUGUAAGACGGUGAUCUGCUGCAGGGUGACUCCGCUGCAGAAAGCUCAGGUGGUGGAGUUAGUGAAGAGGUAUAAGAAAGCCGUGACUCUCGCUAUCGGAGACGGAGCCAACGACGUCAGCAUGAUCAAAGCGGCUCAUAUCGGCGUGGGGAUCAGCGGGCAGGAGGGGAUGCAGGCUGUGUUAUCCAGCGACUUCUCCUUCGCUCAGUUCCGCUUCCUGCAGCGCCUCCUGCUGGUGCACGGCCGCUGGUCCUACCUGCGCAUGUGCAAGUUCCUGCGCUACUUCUUCUACAAGAACUUCACCUUCACCUUCGUGCACUUCUGGUACGCCUUCUUCUGCGGCUUCUCCGCACAGACGGUGUAUGAUGAAGGCUUCAUAGCUCUGUAUAAUCUGGUGUAUACGUCUCUGCCGGUGUUGGGGAUGGCCCUGUUUGACCAGGAUGUUAAUGACGGCUGGAGUUUGCAGUAUCCUCAGCUGUAUGUUCCGGGUCAGCUGAGUCGGUACUUCAGUAAGACGGCGUUUAUGAAGUGUGCGCUGCACAGCUGCUACAGCUCACUAGUGCUGUUCUUCAUCCCCUACUUCACCGUCUACGACUCCAUGCGCAGCGACGGGAAACAGCUGGCUGACUACCAAUCAUUCGCCGUGCUCACCCAGACCUGCCUCACCGUUGCCGUCUGUGUUCAGUUGAGUCUGGAUCUGUCGUACUGGACGGCGGUUAAUCACCUGUUUGUUUGGGGGAGUUUAGGGAUGUAUUUUAUCGUGACGUUCACUAUGCAGAGUGACGGACUGUAUCAGCUCCACCCUAAAUCCUUCCAGUUUGUAGGUACAGGUCGUAACUCUAUGGAUCAGUUCAGUGUGUGGUUGACUGUUCUCCUGACGGCUGUUCUCUGUGUUCUGCCUGUUUUGGUUCAUCGAUUUAUUUUCAUUCAGCUCAACCCCACCAUCAACGACACGGUGAGGUUUAAGGUGCGCAGGAAGAAGGACCAACGUCCCGCCCCUCAGCGCCGCGCCAAGAUUCGGCGCUCCAGCACCCGGCGCUCCGGCUACGCCUUCUCCCACGCCCAGGGCUACGGCGACCUCGUCACCUCCAAACGGUUUCUACGGCGACCGGCCAUUACCCGGGCAACAGCAUUCAACCCAACGGGGCGGUCCCCCGCCUUCAAACCCACGGGGCGGUCGGCGGGGUACAGCCCGUCCAAUAAAGCCCAGAACAGCAAGCAGGAGGCGGAACCCACAGAACUGCAGCGAUACCGCGCUGUCCACGACUCUACCCUGUAAACCCCCGAGACCAGGACUGCAGAACCAGGACCUUUACUGUCCUAAGGAGAAUAAAGAGGGAGGGGUGCUGGGGAUGGUGCUGGGAGGGAUGCUGGAGCUUGGACCCCUUUAAUUGCUUUAGUUUUAAGACUAAUUUGGCCUAAACUAUUCCAAAAUUCAAUUUUAACACAUUUCUAUUCAAUUCUAUUAUUUUGGUACGAUUCAGAAUCAUUAUUUUUGUAUAUUUCAUUAAAUCACACAAUUUUAAGAUUAAUACACUUCACUAAAUUUAUUAUAAUCCAUUUUCCAAACAUUCCAAAUUUAAUGUAAUUGUAAACUGUGUGUAAGAGAAGUGUGAAGAAGAAAACCUUAUAUGUAACCCCUUAAAAAUGUUUCAUUCCAUCUAAAACCUACUUGCUAAAAUUUCAGCAGCAUUCAUAAGGCUACACAACAUCUACAUAAGCCUUUUAAGACAGAUGACAUAAAUAUAUCAACAUAUCAAUACAGCUCAGGGCUUAUACCACUGUCCCAGCUAACAGAAAAUGUUGGAAUACACUGUUAUAAAUGUUUAUGUCAGGUGUCAUAGCCUUGUCAUAGCCUUAUGAAUGCUUCCUUCCAGUGUCACCACAUACGUUGAUUAGCUCGACCCUAAAACGCAGUACUUCUUGAAAAUCUUAAAUAAAAAAAGCUCACAGUAUUAAGAUAACAUAUAAUCGACCCGUUAAUAAACUAUAAUUGCUGUUAUGUAUCACUCCCGACCACCAGGGGGCACUCCAGCCCCCUCAGCACCCCCCGCCCCCCGCCACCUGGUCUACAUAGUGAUGAACGCUGCACUACGGGAACAGGAUCAUACACACACUAAACGAAGAACCCACACGUUUCCUACAAGUACAAAAACCACAAAGAACUUUGUCUAGAUGUUCCUGACGUUGUUAUCGUUAACUUUACUGGAGUUUUUCACAUCAACAUGAAGCUGAGGGGAAAUUUCAGUUCCAGCGGUUGAAAGGAGAAGAUUCCACAGAUUCCAAGACUGAAAAAUGAAUUUCAGAAUGACAAGAAAGUGCCUUAAUCUCUUCUUCUUUAUGAAAAAGACUUAUUUUUUAUUUUGUAUUUUGUACUGUCCUGCCUGAUCUGUCUGUUCCUGAUAAGAAAUGUCAGUAGUUGUUUAGAUCAUUCUGCCAUCUGAUAUUUUAAAUUUAUUUAUAAUUUUUAUCCCAUUUUCUCCCCAAUUUAUAAGGCAAAUUACCCAUCCCACUCAUAAGAACCCCCCCAUUACUAGUGCUCUCUCGGGGCUCCGGCAGCUGAUGGCAAGCUGCAUGAACAGGAUUCGAACCAUCGAUCAAACAUGAAAAAGUUUGUGCAUCUAUUGUCAUGUCCUCUGCAGAGACACACGCUCUUCAGUUUAAAGCAUAAUUAUUGUUUGUUUCCUUAAUGUAACAUGUUGCAAAAAAUGAUUUAAUAUGUUGUGUGCACAAGUACAGACACACUAUGUCAUUUAUAUGCAAAAGCGAGUAUUUAUUAACAACUAAAACAAACAAACUAUAAAAACGUAAACAAGAAAACAAAGAUUAUUCUUAAACUGAAAAAACAAAGAAACAGCAACCUGACUGACAUUAAACGCACAAGAACCGACACUAAGGGACACUGAAACAAAGGGACAAGUGCAUGUAUAUAUAUAUAUAUAUACACGGAGGUAACAGGAAACACCUGGGGGAAGGUAAGGAGGGGGCGGAGCUACAGAAAAUAUAGAAACACAGAGAUAGACCAGGAAAGACAUGGAACUGGACGAGAACCUGACACAUUAAAUAUGGUAAAUUCAGUACAGUAAAUAAAUAUAAAUCAUUGUCCAAAGGGUUGAGAAACUUUUACCCACACAUAUAUACAUAUAUAUAUAUAUAUAUGUAUACUUGCGAAUGUUUUGUGCAGCAUUAUUAAUGCUGGCCUAAAGGAAAGUGUCACCAAAAGUGCACUGUGUUUUUAGUCAAACUACCACAUAUCACUUUUAAUCGUGGAUUCUGUGUGUGUGUGUGUGUGUGUGAGAGAGAGAGAGUGUGUGUGUGAACUUGUUUUAGGGCUCAAACCUCAUUUUGUUCAUGACGAUCCUCUUAUUUAUACUGAGUUGUGAUGCUGUAUUAGCAUUAGUCUGUAAGGUGGGGUCAUCCCUGCAGCUAAAUGUAAUUAUCAUCAUAAUAAUAAUAAUAUCAUCUCAUAUGAUCGUAUGAGUUAUGCAUGCUGACAUCAUACUACUCCGACUGUAUCAGCACUCUCAGUAUAUCACUGUCCAGUUCCUGUAAUCCUCUUCAGUAUAACACAUUCCUCUCUGAACAGACAGACCAUAAUAUUACCUACAGUAUCAUUUAUAAAAAAGUGAGAACCAAAGAUUUUGUGGGGAAAUAGAAUUUCCAAGUUUUUACUUGUUAAUUAAAGUGUUUUUGAUGCAUACUUUUGUAUAAAUAAUAAUAAAAAAAACUUUUCUACUGUU